GCUGCCUAAGCUAUGAGAUGGUAGGAGGGACCGCAAGUAGUGGAACUAGUAAUGCUGAAUUAGCACACCACUCCCCCUUGUUUAACACCUAUGUACUAUGAAUGAAGCUGGCAUGAAGCCCUUCCUAUCUCUUCAACCAUUGGCUGGCCUUGCUGAAGAAAACAUUUAAAAAAGGAGAAUAGUAUGUGUCUGAAUAACAUCCUAAGGCUGACUGUGACUGAGCUGGGAGGUUCAGCAUCAUGUACAUUCCUCUGGUUGUGUGCUGUGCCUUUGCACUCAUUGUACUUGAUCCUGUGCUGGCAUGGCCAUCUCUUAAAAAUGACGGUACUGAAAUUAAACCAGAUGACAUCGAAAAUUCCAAGACCAUAGCGGAAGGUCCUACAACCAACGACAAUUAUACCUUGAACCAAGCUAAGCACGGAGGAAGAUACCUGCAUCAAACUACUGAUCAAAAAGACCUUUCCGAGUUCAGCUGUAGAGAGCUGCAUUCCACGCAGUAUAUAACAGAUGGCCCAUGUCGCAGUCUGAAGCCAACCAAAGAGCUGGUUUGUUCUGGUCAAUGUUUACCCACUCAUCUCCUACCAAACUCCAUCGGUCGAGGAAAGUGGUGGCGCCAGAACUCAUCGGAUUACCGCUGUGUGCCGGCCCACAGCCACACACAACGUAUUCAGCUCCUAUGCCCUGACAACGAAGUACGAACAUACAAGAUCAGAGUGGUCACAUCAUGUCGCUGCAAACGCUACACUCGCUUCCACAACCAGUCAGAGCUGAAAAAUAUUGGCAAGGAAACGGUGAGGACUUCCAAGAACAAGAAGCCUCAUCUUGUCAGGGUUAGACAUAAAUCUAAUCACCAUGAGCUAGAAAAUGCCUACUGAUCAACUAAUAAUAAAUCAGAGGUUUAUGUAUAUGUAUGUUUUAAGAAAUAUACAAAUAGUGUUGAUUUAUACGGCACACUGAUUGAAUCUGGAUACAUUCUAUAGAUUAUAGUUUAGGGAUUAUCUAGACUAAACUGAGCAGGGAUCCAAGGAGAGAUUAUUGAAGGAUGGCUGAACUGAAGUAGGGGAUAGAAUAUAUUGAAUAUAUCCUUUAGUCAAUAAUAUUUUAUCCUGUGCUGAAUAGUGAGGUCAUCAUGAAUUUUUUAGUCAUAAGUUCAUGUCUAUGCAGUUUUGAUACAUGAUUGUCAGGCAGAGAUUGGGGUGCCUAUAUUAAGAGAACUUUGCAAUUUGUGGGCCUGAUUUACACAUGUUGUCAGCAAUGAUAAAUUGUAUUUUCCCGGUUGCUUCCCUGCAUGUGCAACCCUGUGCAUGCAAAUACAUAAGGGAUAAGUCCCUGAUCAACAAUUAGUUUCUAGGAUAUAACGUUCGAGAUAAAUAAACAAAAAAGUAAAUGAAGUAAUGGUAAAGAUCUACCACCUCAAGACUUUAUUAAAUAUAAAAAGAAAAAUGUUGACGGAAGUUUGAAAAUAAAAAUAUAAAUAAAUAAAUAUAUAUAUAUUG